AUGGCAGGGACAGGAGCCGGCUACGACCUCUCCGUCACCACCUUUUCCCCCGACGGCCGAGUCUUCCAGGUGGAGUAUGCCGGAAAGGCUGUUGAGAACAGCGGGACCACACUAGCUAUUUGCUGCAAGGAUGGUGUGGUGUUCGCCGCAGAAAAGUUUCUGCUCUCCAAGAUGCUGGUGCCGGGCACGGCCAAGCGGAUAUUUCCGGUUCACCGACGUGCGGGGAUGUCCAUUGCUGGCAUGGUAGCAGACGCCCGGCAGAUCGUAAGUCGGGCACGAUCGGAAGCGACGCAGUAUCAAAAUGCGUACUGCGAGGAAGUUCCACCAGAGCUCUUGGCUGAGCGUUUGGGCCUCUUCAUGCACGCAUACACCUUGUAUUGGUCCGUACGUCCCUUCGGCUGUGCAGUUCUUCUCGGCUGUGUGGAUGAGGAGUCCAAGAAGCCGGACUUGUUCUGCAUUGAGCCCAAUGGCAUGGUCUACAAGUACACGGCCACGGCAGAGGGCAAGGGCAAGCAGGCAGCCAAGACCGAGAUCGAGAAGGUCUUGGCGAACAACCCAGAACUCACCUGCGAGCAGGCCCUUGUCCAUGUUGCAAAGAUCAUUCACAAGGUGCAUGAUGAAAAGGACAAGGAUUUCGAGCUUGAGAUCUCUUGGAUCUCUCCAGCAUCCAACUACCAGGCAGGGACUGGCUCGGAGCAUGAGGUGACUUCAUAG